GACUAACGUGUCGGCUUUGAGUGGAGCUUGCGGAGCGGAGGGGCGGAGCCAUUGGAGGCGGGGUCUGCUGCGGAGCUCAACUCCAAGUUUUGCGGCGGCGGAAGCAGAGUUGGCGGGGAGAGAGAAGGUGACUACGGUGUGCGGGCUGGACGUUAAUACACGUACCCAUGGCGAACACUAAAAACUCAGUGGAUUCAAAAUCCAUUAAAACUUUGGAGACAAAGAUCUUACAUGGAAGCAAAUCAAUGGACUCUGGAAUAUCCUUGGAUGUCAGUUACAAAAUGGAUUAUCCUGAAAUGGGUUUAUGUAUAAUAAUUAAUAAUAAGAACUUUGAUAAAAAUACCGGAAUGGCAUGUCGAUCUGGUACAGAUGUGGAUGCUGCAAAUCUCAGGGAAACCUUCACAAACUUGAAAUAUGAAGUCAGGAAUAAAAAUGAUCUUACACGUGAGGAAAUUUUGGAGUUAAUGCACAGUGUUUCUAAAGAAGACCAUAGCAAAAGGAGCAGUUUUAUUUGCGUGCUUCUAAGCCAUGGUGAAGAAGGAAAAAUUUUUGGAACAAAUGGACCUGUUGAUCUGAAAAAAUUAACAAGUUUCUUCAGAGGGGACUGUUGUAGAACUCUAACUGGCAAACCCAAACUUUUCAUAAUUCAGGCCUGCCGAGGCACAGAAUUGGACUGUGGGAUUGAGACGGACAGUGGGACUGAGGAUGACAUGGCGUGUCAGAAAAUACCAGUUGAGGCAGACUUCUUGUAUGCAUAUUCUACAGCACCUGGUUACUAUUCCUGGCGAAAUUCAAAGGAUGGAUCCUGGUUCAUCCAGUCACUUUGUGCAACGCUGAAACAGUACGCUCACAAGCUUGAGCUUAUGCACAUUCUUACUCGGGUUAACCGAAAGGUAGCAGUAGAAUUCGAGUCCUUUUCUACUGACUCUACUUUUCAUGCAAAGAAACAGAUUCCAUGUAUUGUGUCCAUGCUCACAAAAGAACUCUAUUUUUUUAAUCACUAAAGAAAUGAAUGAUUUUGGGUUUUUUUUUUUAAUUUGUAUGUGAAAUGAGGAAAUGGUUUAACUGAUACUAUAUUUUCCUCUCUCAUUUAAAUCUAAUCUAAUGCCCCAGGUGAUACUUUGCAACAUGCCAAUUUUAUAUCAAUAGAACUAUGAACCUACCUCAAACACAAUCAGGUAGUUGACAUUGAAUUUAAUUAAGAAUAAAUAAAAAUGGAAAGUGGUACAGUCAUUAUGAGAGGAAAUGAUUAUAAUUAAUAGCUCUCAUAAUUAGCAAGUUUUAGUGAUGAUGCUGUGCUAUGAAUUUUCAAGGAAUUAGGGAAAAAGUUAAACAUUACAGUGAUGAAUUUCAGUGAUAAUGAUAGGUUCAUUUCAAAGUACAUGUUCCGGUUUUUGUCAGGCUAUAGAAAUGAAAAUGUAGAAUAAUGCACCGUAGAACUUGAGAACCCAUGGGCAUGGUCAAAGCCUUGUAGACCUUGAUUUUAGAAUUAGUAUUUGGAGAUAAGACAGUGGUAUUUUUACAUUACUUAUCUGAGUGCAUGGUUUUGUGAUGUUUGUCUUGAUUAUGUCUUUGUUGUUAAAAAAAAAAUCAUGGUUAAUAUUGAAAAGGAACCAAAUGUUUUACAUGAGAAUGUGUGAGCAAACAAAGUUGACUCUUUUAAGGCUAAAUAAAACAUUAUUAGAAGGAGGCAGAGUUAGGACUAUAAGGUGCUAAAAUGCAGCUCUUGCAUCAGCCACUGAGUCUCGCAUACCCUCAAACUUUGAUAACAUUGAUAGCAGCAUGAAUUGAAGAAAUUCUAUAGGAACAUACUACAAUACAACUUAAAGGACAUACAAUGAGGUGUAAGAAAGAAACAGCAAAUCAGUCAGCAGGGCUGAUAAUUUCCAUAAUUACAAGAUUGUUUGAGCCUGAAUGGGAACACAGUGCAUCCUAUGUAAUGAUGGCUGAUCCACAGAUUACAUGCUGGUUAGUUUCUUCACAGAUAUAGUAUGGAUGCCCCCAGGGCAGGAAGCUCCAAGAAAGUAAACCAAAUCAAACUUCUGAAAUGGCAAUUUUCCAAAGAUAAUGAGUCAUAAUAAAAAAUGAUAACUCUUUUUGGUAGUAAAAUUUUUGAGCAUGUUAAAUUCUGUUGCUGUGUACAAUCAAAGGAGAAUGAUACUGUUAGGAUUAUAUACACGUUCCCUGAAAUGAAAGGAUCAUGGCAACCAGGACUUUAUAGAGAUCAUCCAGUCUUCCCUCCUUUGUGCCCAGGGAAACAGAAAGCCAGAGAGGAGAAGUGGUACAGCCAGCCCCCAGCUGGAGGGGCCAGGCUCCAAGGCUCCUUGCUCAAGAGGUUGAGCCAUCCCUGUAUUGCUGUGUCUCACUGGUUUUUGGUCUGACAUUUCCUAUGAGCUUUCUUUUGCUAGAGGAAAGGAACUCACAUUUAUAAAUGACAACUAUUUGUUCUGAUGGUGUGUAUACUCUGAGUAAAUGAAGCAUGCAAUAGUAUCUUAAGGUGUGUUCCUAUGUGAGAAUUUUGUAAAAUUUUGCUAUGAAUUUUAAUUUCUAAAUAUAAAUUUUAACUUAAAA